AUAUCGUCGUCGUCUUCGUCUUCGUCGGAAGGUUUACGAGCAGAGGAAAAAAAAAUCAAUCGCAGAUCUGUUUCCAAUCUACAUUUCCAAAUUCCAAACAACACAUCAUGACGAUCCCCUUAGCUAAGCUUCUGAUCUCCGCCAUGGCGGUUUUCACGCUCUUCUCCGCUUCGUUCGCGACAUCGGAAAUGCCGUUCAUGGUGGUCCACAAGAAAGCUACUCUCAACAGGCUCAAAUCUGGCGCCGAGCGUGUCCUCGUCUCCUUCGACAUCUACAAUCAAGGAUCUGCGACGGCGUAUGAUGUGACUCUGACUGAUAAAACCUGGAUUAAGAAAACUUUUGAACUUGUUAAUGGAAACAAGUCACGAACAUGGGAGAGACUUGAUGCAGGAGGCAUCCUGUCUCAUUCUUUCGAAUUAGAGGCUAAGGUUAAAGGACCCUUCUAUGGCGCUCCUGCUCUGGUUACUUUCCGUAUCCCCACUAAGGCUGUUCUACAGGAAGCCUACUCAAAUCCAAUACUACCUCUAAACAUCCUCGCUGACAUACCUCCAACAGACCUAUUGGCCCUGGUAAUGUUUGAUUUCUUCAAAGGACUGUUUCUUUUCUUUCUCCUUUCUCAUUAUUGACUUUCAUUGUUGUCUUGUGUUUGUGUAUUGGAUGCGGCUACUAUAAAUCUUCAGGCCAAGAGGGUGCUUGCAAAAUAUGGAUCGCUUGUUUCAGUGAUCUCCAUGGUGGUUUUGUUCGUAUACUUGAUAGCAACACCUUCAAAGCCCAAUGCGGCAAAAGCGGGCAGCAAGAAGAAACGCUAAGUUCGUUGAAUGAAGUUGAGAAAGGUUGUUGUUUCUGUGCUUUAGUUGUGUGUUAGCAGAUUAAAACACAGUUUCAAGACUUGUAAGAAUCGUAGAACACACUUUACUGAUCGCGUUGCAGAGUACUUUUUUUAUAAGUUAUUUUGUUCUUCGUAAUAACAUCGUUUUGAGAGCAUAGUUAUGAAGGUCUAUUUUACUUUGA